AUGUAUAUUCCUCACUUGAAAUUCCAUCAUCCAAAAGGCCUUCAUCCUCAUGACUUACCAGCGGAAUUCCUUACUCGACCUGCAGCUUAUCUGACUCAAUUGUUUGAAUCAGGCGGCCCUGGGACCAUUAUUCAGCUGGCACAAUCAAGUAUCUGGGAGCUGGAGAUCCCGAUCAAGAUAACUGCAAAUCAAUCAGAGCUCAGUACCUUUGGCUAUCCAACCGAUCCAUCACUCCAAGCACAACUCCAUCCGAUCCAAGAUCCAACGGCUAUCUCGUUUUAUAAUACGCAUCACGUGAAGAUCUCUCAUCUCACAGUUGAUGGUAGAAGACCCGAUAAGGGUUGGGUCGAAAAUGGCUCAGCUCUUAUUGCCUGUGGUGGUCGGCUAGCGAAAGAUCCGGUGAUACAGUAUUGUACACUCAGACAUCCUCGAGGGUGGUCAUGUCUACAUCUCUUUGAUGAGUGCUCGGGCGGUCGUGUCAUCGGUAACAAGAUCGGCCCUGCAGGCUUACCAGCCCCAAAUGGUCCAUGGGCCGAUGGGAUGAGUAUAGCAUGUCGCAAUGGACUUAUAGCCAAUAAUGAGAUCGUCGAUGCCACAGAUGGUGGAAUCGUUCUCUUUUGCGCUCCUGGUACUAUAUGUACAGGCAACACUAUCAUUGCCCGCACUCAGAACCUUUUGGGCGCGAUCAAUAUGGUAGACGCGGGGCCAUACGAGAUGGAUUAUACUGACACAAGAGUGUUUGGUAAUAUUAUCAAAUCUGAAGGUGCCCAUAUCAAACUCGGGAUUGGGAUCGGUCCAUUGGCUUGGGCUCCUGGUUCCGAACAACGUAACUUUGGAGGCCAGGUGCAUGAUAACAUCUUUGGACCUGGUUGUUUCGGUUAUGCAAUCGGAAUUUCAGGCGCUAAACUCUUUAGUGUUCAAGGUAACCGCAUCGCAGCAGGAACUGAAUUCAGAGGGGACAUGACAUGCAUGCCUGAACCUUUGAAUGCUCCCCCAAUGGCAUUUCUCGCCAAUUCAAACCCAGAUCUAGUAUUCGAUUGUGACUUGCAACCUGAUUUCAAGAGAGGAAGAGCAUCUUGGUUGAUCGGUAUCGAGGAUGGACCGAUCCGCAAAUUGCGUUAUGACCCUGAACAACUUCAUCUCCACUCGAAUUCUCCUAAGCAUUCUCAGAUAGUUUUCGAUAAGAUCACCUUGAAGCUCCAAGAUGAUGGACUCUUAGUCGUCAUGUGUAACGCUACCCGAUCUAUUCUCUGGAAUUCGGGCCGUAGUGGCGCAGUUGGUGGUGCCAAUCUCACACUGAGUGCUGAUGGUAAAUUAACUAUAAGGGAAAAUGGCUCAGGUCGUUUGAUAUGGGAUCCUACUGAUUACUUGGAUGGGAAAGUGGAGAUGGGAAAAGCUAGUUUGACUAUUGCUGAUCAGUCUCCAUUUUUAGUCUUAUGGACUGGCGAUAAUUGCGUGGCUUGGGCUUCCGAAUACGUUUUUCAGAAAGGUAGUUUUGAGUUGGUUGCUGGUCAAUAUGUAUGCAUACCGCCUCAUCAACCUUCAGGAUUUGGGCCACCACCGAUCCCGCCAAGACCGCAAGUUGGAGACUCACAACCUCCGAUCAUUCCGCCAAGACCAUCACAACCUACCUACCUUUACUUGGAUCCUGACACAUCAAAUCUAGUCCUUCACCAAGGCCGGGUUCCCAAAGAACCGCAUGGUUCAGUGAUCUGGGCAUCUGAAUUUUUCGCAAAAUUUGAUCGUCAAGUCAAAAGUAUGGAUCGAGUUGGUUGUCAAACUCGCUGCUGUUUUCAAGGAGGGGAUGGGAAUUUGGUCAUCUAUGGCAAUCCGAAUGAUUCAAAACCGGAGGAAAGGACAGCGUUAUGGGCCUCUGGAACUGACUCUCAUUGGAUUAGGCUAGAUCAACAUUUGCUACAACAACAGCAUUCACCUAGUCUAUCUUUCCAUAAUCACACGAUGGAACUUGUUAGAAAAGUCCCUUGA